UUGUCUGUGGAUUGGUGCAGCAGCGCGGGCGGAUCCCCCCCCGGGCUCGCUCUUCAAGGCUCGCGGAGAGCGAAUGUCGUCAUGAGCGAACAAGACAGUAUGGCCACCACCGUUGCUGUCAACCCAAGUGAAUACCUCCAGCCUUCCACUACUACCACACAACAGGACACCCAGCCUUCCCCUCUAGCCCUCCUGGCUGCCACCUGCAGUAAGAUUGGCCCUCCUGCUGCUCAGGCUCCUGUCAGUUCUCCUCCAGCGCAGCCACAACCUCGCAGGCUUCUUCCCAUAAAGCCAGCUCCGAUAGCACCAGCCCCACCCAAGAACCUGGGGUUUCUCUCGGCAAAGGGCAAUGUGAUCCAGCUUCCUGCCGGUUUGGGAUCCACAUCCCCUGGCAGCCCCAUAGUCCUUACCAUCCAGCAGGGUCCUGCCCGCAGCAACACCUCUGGCUCUGCCAACAUUCAGUACCAGGUGGUUCCACAGAUCCAGGUGAUGCCACAAGGAGGCCAGAUCCAGCUCAUACCAGGCACCAACCAGGCCAUCAUCACCUCUCCGGUGACCGUUCCAGCCCCCUCUGCAGCCACUGCGCCGGUCACUCCGCAGAAAACUGUUGCCAUCAAACCUUCCCCUAAGGUACAGAAGCCAAAUAACACAGCUGCAAAUGUGGUUCAGUUCCCUAGUGGACUCGCACUUCCCCUCAAUGUGGCGACCGGAGAGGUGGGCGGGACUCCAGUGGUCACAGAGACUGCCACUGCCCCCUCCACACCAGGAAAGGCUCGACGAGGGAGGAAGAAGAAGGUGGUCCUGCCUUCUGAGCCUCUGCCACCUGCUCCUGCUCAGGCUGCCUCCCCAUCCCCAGAGCAGAUGGAGACCAUUGUAAUUGAAGCUGGUGACAACAUCAUACAGGCGGGAAACAAUUUGCUGAUCGUGCAAAGCCCCGGACAGCCAGCUAUGGUACAGCAAGUGCAGCUUGUCCAGCCUAAAGCAGAGUCUCAGCUGGUUCAGAUCCCUCAACAGGCUUUAAAGGUGGUGCAGGCGGCCUCUGCUACGCUGCCUCCUGUCCCACAGAGGCAGCCUGUCUCUUCUAACCUGCAGGUGACCCCUACAGAGCCGUCACCGACCCAGAUCCUCUUCAAAACAGCGUUGGGAGACUGGCAGUCGCUAAAUAUCCAGGACCCAGUCUCAACGACCAGCACCACCGCCACCUCCUCAGGUUCUCCCACUACCACGUCCCCACCAUCCAGCACCAGGAGGACGCAGCCAGGAGGCAGGAAGGAGCGCACGCUGGCAAAAAUAGCCCCAGCAGGUGGGAUGAUUACAUUCAACACGUCUCAGCUGUCCUCAGCAGCACAAGCUGUGCAGACCAUCAGCAUCAAUGGGGUCCAAGUUCAGGGAGUUCCUGUCACCAUCACCAACGCAGGAGGCCAGCAGCACCUAACUGUGCAGACCAUGCAGGGUGGAGCCCUUCAGCUGGCCACGACGCCAGGCCAGCCUGCCAUCCAGGUGGACCAGACCCUCACACUGGAUUUGUCUGGCCAGCCAGGAGAAAAGAAGCGACGCAUGGCCUGCACCUGCCCCAACUGUAAAGAUGCAGAGAAGAGGCCUGGAGAGGUGGGCAAAAGAAAGCACAUCUGCCAUGUUCCCGGCUGUGAGAAGACAUUCAGAAAAACGUCUCUGCUGCGAGCUCAUGUCCGGCUGCACACCGGAGAGAGACCCUUCGCCUGCAACUGGGUUUACUGUGGGAAACGUUUCACACGCAGUGAUGAGCUGCAGAGGCACACCAGGACACACACAGGAGACAAACGGUUCGAGUGCAACCAGUGUCAGAAACGCUUCAUGAGGAGUGACCACCUGACCAAGCAUUAUAAAACUCACAUAAACACCAAGAACUUGUAAACAAACUCCAGCGGCUGUCACACCUGUGUAGCAGCAGGAGAUGCAAACGUGUGACUCGUGCAGGGAAUCCUCCUCUCACUCCUCCAGGAAGCAGCUGUAGCUGAUGUUUAUGUAAACCUGCCUUCCUCCAGUUUGAUCAUCAGUGAGAACUGGGGCUGGACCAUAAUCCAGUAACCGUCUAAAUGGAUCAACACACACAUGGUCCAGUAGUAAAAACUUAUUAUAACGUUUCCUUUUUCCGUAAUAGCCUGCCCGGUAGCUUAAUGCUAGAGUCAUCGUCACCAAGCCCCCCCUCCCAGACCUAAGCAGACAGCAGUGUGACUCCAACAAGAAGCUGCAGCAAGGAGAGGCGGAAGAAGAAAGGCUGCAGUCGUUCACCAGAGUGGCCAUGUUUCAUUCUUACAAGUCCGACAGCAAACAAACAACAGAGAAUCCAUAAAAACGAGUCCGGCGCUGCUACCACCUCGUUCCGUCACUAAGCAAUGGCAUAAAAAGGCCAGGGCUGCACUUUAAAUAUGUUUGAUAUAGUUUUCAAUAAUUAUUGAUAUCCAUAAAUAUUUUUAUCCAUCAGCUUUUUUUCUAUGUCGUCCAGCCCCAGUGAGAGCCGAGCGAACCGCUGCAACAGCUAAACCCCGUAGGGUUUCAAAUGAAGCAACACACACACACACACACACGGCUCCAGACCUCAGUGCCGGGUCACAGCGGUCCUUCCCAACGACAGAUGUUUGGCUGAUUGUGAAACAUCUGGAGAAGAGGAAACACAAACCUAAAACCGUUUAAGUCAUUUCAAUAAGACUGAUACAGUUUUUUAGGUCAUUUGUUCUUCAGCGCUGUUUUUACUGAAUUAAAACUCGUUUUCAUAGUUUUUCCAAAAGGAAAAUAAUGACAGUAUUUUGGAAAACUUUAGAUGUUUACGUCUCCUGCUUUUAAAAGUGUAAUAUUUAAAAAAUAUACUGUUAAAAACUAUUCAUACCUUUCAAAAACAUCUGUAAAUGGAAAAGCAGGAAUGUAGAAUAGCAGUUUGUGUUCCACAGGACCACAUGCAGUAGGAGGUCAAAUCUGAUUUCACCUCAUAGCUUUAGAAAAGUUGGUUGUCAUAGUUACGACGGGUCUGAGCACGUGGAGAGGGUAACUAAACAGGCUCCUAAAGUCAGUGCUGCCCUAAGAGCCGACAUUAGGAGCAGCAGCUCACAGCUGCAGCUCACACAGGUGGCUGACCUCAGACCAGCCCACACACACGAGUUGCUGACCUCAGACCAGCCCACUAACACGGGUGGCUGACCUCAGACCAGCCCACUAACACGGGUGGCUGACCUCAGACCAGCCCACUAACACGGGUGGCUGACCGCAGACCAGCCCACACACACGAGUUGCUGACCUCAGACCAGCCCACUAACACGGGUGGCUGACCUCAGACCAGCUCACACGGGUGGCUGACCUCAGACCAGCCCACUAACACGAGUUGCUGACCUCAGACCAGCACACUCACACGGGUGGCUGACCUCAGACCAGCCCACUCACACGAGUUGCUGACCUCAGACCAGCCCACUAACACGGGUGGCUGACCUCAGACCAGCUCACACGGGUGGCUGACCUCAGACCAGCCCACUAACACGAGUUGCUGACCUCAGACCAGCACACUCACACGGGUGGCUGACCUCAGACCAGCCCACUCACACGAGUUGCUGACCUCAGACCAGCACACUCACACGGGUGGCUGACCUCAGACCAGCCCACUCACACGAGUUGCUGACCUCAGACCAGCCCACUAACACGGGUGGCUGACCUCAGACCAGCCCACUCACACGAGUUGCUGACCUCAGACCAGCCCACUAACACGGGUGGCUGACCUCAGACCAGCCCACUCACACGAGUUGCUGACCUCAGACCAGCCCAAUAACACGGGUGGCUGACCUCAGACCAGCCCACUAACACGGGUGGCUGACCUCAGACCAGCCCACUCACACGAGUGGCUGACCUCAGACCAGCCCACUCACACGAGUGGCUGACCUCAGACCAGCCCACUCACACGAGUGGCUGACCGCAGACCAGCCCACUCACACGGGUGGCUGACCUCAGACCAGCCCACUCACACGAGUGGCUGACCUCAGACCAGCCCACUCACACGGGUGGCUGACCUCAGACCAGCCCACUCACACGGGUGGCUGACCUCAGACCAGCCCACUCACACGAGUGGCUGACCUCAGACCAGCCCACUCACACGAGUGGCUGACCUCAGACCAGCCCACUCACACGAGUUGCUGACCUCAGACCAGCCCACUCACACGGGUGGCUGACCUCAGACCAGCCCACUCACACGGGUGGCUGACCUCAGACCAGCCCACUCACACGGGUGGCUGACCUCAGACCAGCCCACUCACACGAGUGGCUGACCUCAGACCAGCCCACUCACACGAGUGGCUGACCUCAGACCAGCCAGCUCACAGCAGCUGUUCCUCCUGGUCAUCAGAGAUCCAUGAUGGUUAUUAUUGGUUUCAGUCCCUUUGCUUGUGCUUCUUCACUUGAAGCCUCUGUUCUCAUGCAGCAUUGAACUUAAAUAAGCUACUUGUUUCUGUUGGCCUAGUUAACCACCAGGAUACGUUUAUUCUGCUUCACUCACCACAAAGUGGAGGAAUAGUGUGUCCGCUAUGCAUCGCUGUACAAAUGACUGGAGUGUAAACUAUUAGGCCUUACUUGACAAUCACAUCAAAAGAUGUUUAACACAAAGACUACAGGGUUGUUUUAUGUUCCAGCUGUAUCCGAGCUUUAAUUCCUGGCUGGCGUUUGUGACGAGCAGCAUCAGGUGUUCUGUGCUGUCCAAAUCCCGCUGACUCGUACCAACAGCUCACUAAUCUGUUGGAGACGGAGGAAAGAUGAUUCUGUAGAAUAAAAACAAGGCUUUGUGGUUUCUGCCACCCAAAGGCCUCUGUGGCUGCCCUGUGUUCAGUUUCACUGUGUUCAAAGGAAGUUGAGUCCGUGGCGCUGCCUUUCAAACUCUGCAUUUAUCCCAGACAUUUGACCAAAAAGCAGCAGUCAAGUAGAACUUGUUGUUGAAGCACUUUGAGCAACAUUUUCUGUCUGCUUCACAUGGCUGACAGAUGGGUACGCGUAGGUGGCCAACAGGUCUGGCGAAAUGCUAAUGCCACUUGGAUUUAUAGCAGAUUUAUAUGUAGGUUUCUCAUGUUUCUAUGUGUAAAUACUCUCUUUUCUUUCUUUUUUAAACUAUAAAUGUAGGAUUAUAAAAAGGUUAAGCUGCAUAGCAACCUGGAAGGAAAGGACUUUGUACAGUUUGUAAAGGGUAAAAUAUAUUGUGAUGAUGUAUAGCUUCAUUCCUGCUUUGUAAAACAUGUCUAGGUUUUGUUUUUAUUGAAUGAAAGAUGCCUUAGACAGCUGCGUCCAGUAUUUUAACUGUAUUAUUCUGUCUAAUUAUAGUUAACAUUUGUAUCAUUUGUGUUUUAAAUUAUCUUGUAUGUAUUGAGCACUGAUUAAAACCCCAGGUUACAAAUUUUGUAAAACUGUUGCAGAUGAAAUCAUGUAUUUUGCUUUUUCUGCCCCAAAUUAGGGCAUUCCAGUGCUCCGUUUGUGUAAAUUAAACGUUCCUUCUUCAAAAAGCUUCUAUGUCACAUUAUGUUCUUUAAUCAGUUGUUUAUUAGAACACAGAGAACCAGCAAUUAACUAUCUUAAUAAUUUAUUAAAGGUUAAAAAGGUAUUAAAGGUGCUAAAACAUAUGUAGCCCAAUUUUCUACAAUAAUUGCCACAAUAAAAAGCUUAAACUUA